ACCCCUUACCGCACUCACCCACUUGCGAAAGCGAAGCUUGGAGGGCAUUCUCCCCGGAACAUCGGGGUUUCUGUUCAAACAAGAAAAGAAAGUGAGUGGUGCCGAGGACGAUGAUUAUUUAUAAAAAUAAAAUCUAUAAAUAUAAAAUAAAUCAUUUAAUUGCACUCUUCAAGUUCUGGCAUAAUCAUUAUUAAUUUUGUUUCGACUUGCUGAACGUCGUCGUUUAGGGUUGUUUUUGAUCCGAUUCGAUUCCGUUACUCUCUGCUGAAUUAUUCAUUAAUCAGGAAUUUUCCGUUAAUAAUCUUCAGGGAUUUGGCGUGUAACUGCAACUAGGGGAUUUAGAAAUUUGCUUUAUAAGCAUCAAUAUGGGACUUUGCUUGUUUAAGAAUCAACAGGAGAACGAUGAGUCUGAUCAUUUUGCUGCUUUUGAUGGUUCAAAUGUGAGUCUCAUUACCACCAGAGAGAGUUGGGACCAAAAGCUAUCAGAAGCUAGUAGAGAUGGCAAGAUUGUGGUUGCAAACUUCAGUGCUUUAUGGUGCAGUCCUUGUCGAACGAUAGGCCCAUAUUAUCGUGAGCUAUCUGAGACAUACCCUUCUUUAAUGUUCCUGGUGGUAGAUGUUGAUGAACUAACUGACUUCAGCAAUUCUUGGGAUGUCAAAGCCACACCAACUUUCUUCUUCCUUAAAGAUGGGCAACAAUUUGACAAGCUGGUGGGAGCGAACAAGCCAGAGCUACAGAACAAGAUAAUUGCUGCUUCAGACUUGGCUGCGCGCCUUCAAAAUUAAUCUUUGAUUUUCUUUCAGCUAGAUGCUGGCAGUGGCCAUUGUAGGUAUGUUGAAUGUUGUUUGAUUUCUUCAUUGUGUUUUUGUAAACUGAUCAAUUUUCUUGUAGAAAUUAGGAAUGCCCACGGCAACUGUGACCCUGAUUUUGUGGGCUGUUGAAUUAGGAAUGUGAGAAUCAUUUUCAUUGCAACUACUUAUCUUUAUAUGUUGUCAUUAUGAGAGACUGAAGACAGAAAAACUUUAAAGGUGGAGCUCUAACUCGACAAUUUAGCUCAUUUAUCUUUUUAA